UACAUUAUCAUGAGACUUUUUACUAUGAUGACCAUGCAUGCGAUCGACAGCAUGACGCGUUGGCUCUCUCGUGCUGGUUAAGGAAGACAGCUCGAAAGGCAAACGGUUUUCCCCUUCGCCUCCUUGCCCAACUUAUAGCUAAUAUUAUAUAAAAGGAAAAUGAGUCAGAUAGCCACAGAAGCGAUCCAUGUGGUCCAGCGGGCCCCGAUGUCAAUCACCAUUGGGUGGCUCCUCAGCCUUCCCGUUAGUUUGCCAGCAUGGCUGCUGCUGUCUAUAUGGUCAAGGGUCUUGACGUGUUUACGCCAGGCACUUUGUGUUGGCGGAAAAAAGGUGGACGUCAAGUUGCCUGAGCGACCGGCAGCCGAAGACGCCCAUGCGCAGACAGAGCUUAACAUGCUUGAGCUCGACAAAUGUUUGGCCAUGCUGGAUGCAAACGAGGAUGCUGUGUGUGACCACCGAAAGUUGUUGGAGGUCGCCCGCAAGACUAACGAGGCGCUGCGCACCGAGCUUGACAUGACCGUUGACCGCAUGGCUCUUCUCAGCCAACAUAAUGCGGACUUGGAGGGCUACAAAGACCGGCUACUGGGCACGCUACGCGACGUGGUACUGCCAGUUUUCGUCAGGUUGACCCAGAUGACUGAGGAUGAUGAUGUCCACAAUAUCACUGCCGAGGUCUUUCAAGCAUUGGACACCACCCGGCAUUUGGUGUCAGAAGCUGAAGGCAUGUACUGCGCCACGGCGGAGGCGAGUCCCGUUGAGAAGCCGGGUGACAUGAGCGUGCGGCAGUCGCCGUUCAGCGAUGUGCUGACUCAGCUGACACACAUGCCACGCCUGGCAACACCUUCCCGGGACACACAGGACGGAGACGACACCCAGCGUGACGACAUUGGCCGCGGCUUCUUGAGCGCCAGGCAGUCGUCCAGUACAGCUAAGGUGCUGUCAUUCGGCUCUCCAAAUCGCUCCUCCACGGUCGUGCACAUCCUUGUGCACGACGUCCAGACCACCAGGUCGGCGGUCCUUUGAAGCUAGCAUUCACUAUGGUCGAGCAGAGUGGAGUUGACUUGUAGCCAUCUCUUUAUUUGCGAAUCUUGUAGUCAGGCAUAGUCUCGGCGACGCGCCCUGAUAGCCACAUUCCGAAAGCGGGAACUUUUUGUGCCAUGAUCGCGCGAUGAUGUGACAGAGCUCGUAUACGGCAUGUUGUUAUUUCUGUGUUAGAUGCUGUAGGUUUUCAUGCAGGUGCAUGUGUAGCAUCGCAGGCUUGUGUUGCGGUCGCCGCAGCUGAGAAGGUAAUAAUAGGUAACAAUUAUUUGGAAGGAACGUGAUACUUUUAUCGUGCAUAAUAGCGCAGGCAUUUGACUUGUUUUUGAAGUUGUCCUCUCUUCACGCCGUACGCCGUGGAUCCGUAAUGGGACCAAAACCCUUUACAUGGGCGUCCACUGUAACAGUAUUGUCAUC